AUGGCAAAAGCUGAAUUUCUAAAAGCACCAAUUCAUGAUCUUUACGCCUGGGCUCGUACCAGUUCAUUGUGGCCAGUUUCCUUUGGCUUGGCCUGUUGUGCAGUAGAAAUGAUGCACACCUCAGCAUCUAGAUAUGAUAUUGAAAGAAUGGGUAUCUUUUACAGACCAACUCCUCGUCAAUCUGAUGCCAUGAUUAUUGCUGGCACUUUGACAAAUAAGAUGGCACCAGCACUUCGUAAAGUUUGGGAUCAAAUGUCUGAACCAAAGUAUUCAAUUUCAAUGGGAUCUUGUGCGAAUGGUGGUGGAUAUUAUCAUUAUUCGUAUCAUGUUGUGAGAGGUGCUGAUCAGAUAGUUCCUGUGGAUGUUUAUGUUCCUGGUUGUCCUCCAACAUUAUUGUAUGGUAUUUACAUGUUACAAAAGAAAAUUAAGAGAAAUCCAUAUAGAGCUGAUGUGAUUGCAGAAGAUUUCAAUCAUUAUCCAGGAAAGGUUGAAAGAAAUCAAAUAACACCACUCAAUCAAUUGUAA